AUGAACGCUGUGACUGGUUUCCACCUUAAGAGGCUUCCUGUUUCUCGCCCGGGGCGACGGGCUGUCGGCAUCGGCAGCGGCUCCAUGCGCGGUUGUGGUGCCGUGCGUGGCCCCGGCCGGCGCAUUGCCGCGGGCUGCAGAGCCGGGGGCCGGCGGGAUCGCUGCCGUAGCCCCGGCUCCGAGCGGCGCGCCCACAUAUGCACCGGCGGCAACUCCGUGUGCAGAGGCAACUCCGUGCCCGGUGCCUGCGGCGCCGACCUUAGGCAGCGCUGUGCCCUGUGCGGCGCUGGCUACGGGUGGCGCGGCCGCGGCCCCGAGGGCCGGCGCAGCGGACGGCGGGGGGGUAAAUGUUACCCUAGCUUUGAGAGGAUCAAUAAGACUGUUACUUUGGUGUUAGGAGGGUCCCUGCAAGAGUUUUCAGAAAAUCCAGCUAUGUCAAGAUGCAAGAAUCUCAGCUCUUCCCACUUGCUCAUGCUCACUGGUGCACCCAAGAGCAUCACUGAAUGGCUGGUGUUCUGGGAAAAGGAUCCAGUGGAGAUUCUGCUUAAUUUGGGAUUUGGUACAGAAGAACCUGAUGUCUGCACAAAAAUCCCUCCUCGGUUCCUCAGUGGUGCUUCUGUAACAAAAGGGUUCGAUGUCCAAGACUUUUUGGAAGCUCAGAAGCAGCGGAUGGACAUUGAGAAGCCAAACCAAUAUGAACAUUUUUGAUGGCUGGAAGUACUUGACCAUGUAUCCAGUGCCCUCGCAUCUUUGCUGACCGAUGUCAAUACCCAGUAGACCAAAGCACAGGACAUUGGCAGGGGUAAGACCAGUCUGCUGGAUGCUGCAAAGAUCAUGCCUGCGAUUGCACAAGUGAAGUGGAAAAGAAUAAGUAAGAUCCUGUAUAGGGCUUCUCGUUAGACACUGCUACUGCAACAGGGCUUGCUGGCACUUGGGACCAACUUGCACAGCAGGAAAGAGCCAUCCUGUUCUUGUGCAGAUAUUGCUGGGGGGGGGGGCACAGUCCAGAUUCAGAGUUUUGAGGAUGAAACUCUAUGUGGAAAUGCUCCUGACACCACUUCAGUUGAGUUGAAAGGGCCUGGAUUCAGUUCAUCUGAAGAACAAGAGGCUGGUGUCAUAGGGGAGAUGUUAGGUGCUGACAAAUCAGAACAAGGAGACAUUGUCCAAAGUGAAAUGGCUUCUCUUCUGAAAUCUAUUACUGUUCAGAUGUCUUCAGGGAUGGAGUUUAUGUCAAGAAAGAAGGGCACAGAACAAAUGCUCCUCUCAAUGAGACCCUUUCCAUGUACAUUUCAUGAAAUAGAAGUGAUGAAGAGUUCCUGCCAGCAUUUCCAGAAGAAACUGGAUGAGAUUGAACAGCACCUGACCAGAGAGCACGCGCUGUUUUCCGGUGCUAUGCCAUAUGAAGGAAGGGAGGAAAGCAGAUAUCUGCAACUCUUACAGUGAGCCAUUUGUCAGGAAGUUGCAGAGUUGCAGUUGAAGGAUCAAGCUUAUCAAGUCAGAGAGAGCAUCUUUUACGGUCUGGACAAAUUACUAGCAGAAAAAUCCCAUCUGUUUUCUGAGCUUAAACUCUUUGACUGGAAGGAAGAAAGAAAAACCCAGAAUAAACCAGUGUUUCCAGAUGCUGCUGACACUGUGCAUCCUCGAAAUAGGUGCUCAAAAAUUGUGCACAGAAGAGCUCCUAGCAAAAACAUGACAGCAACAGGCUCCCUCUCUCCCCCACAGCCAGGGGCAACCACAACGUUUCCUACCAGGAAAACACUUGAGCCAAAUUCAGCCAAGACUGCCCCACAGAAGCUCUCUACCAGUAAAAAGGAAAUAAAAGGACGCCGACAAGCAAAAAUGGACUAUAAGACAUUCAUACACAAUAUAAAAGAAAUCUUUCCAAUUUCUUUAAUUAAUGAUUCAGCAGAAGGAAAAGACUGA